CGCGGCGUCGCCAUGGCGACGGCGGCUGUUGGGGCCGUUGGGAGCGCGGCCGGGGACCCCAGCAGCGGGCGUCGGGUCUCUCCGCUCCGUCCCCCGCCGUUUGCGUCUCCUGCUGACCCGGAGGUACCGCGGUGAGGACAGGAGCGGCCGCCCACCCCGUGCGCCGGGGCUUGGGUCCGAACAGCCGGCCCAGCCCAGGUCUCGGGUCAGGUUCUCCUACUAAGGCCUUUACACAUUUUGACUGGAAGUUGGAUUGGAAGUCAAAUACCAACUUGGAUGAUGUUUGUCUAAAUCACAUAUCUUAAAAUGCAGCCACAAAAUGGAGACCCAGGCAAAGGCCUUGGAGGGGAGGUUACUGUGCAGGAGGUGUCAGGAGAGUCUGUGAAUGACACCAGUAACAAAGCUACCCAAACACAAAAUGAAGGCAGUUCUGUCAACACAGUGUACGGACUAGAAGCGCAACUAGAAGGUCCAGAACAAGAAUCUGAAGAGAAGAGUAUUGAAAAUGCAAGUAAUCAAAGGCAGUCUAAAGACAGCUUGGAGUAUAGCACUGGAGACCCCUUCCAACGAAUGCAAAAGGAUGUUAAAACUCAAGAGAAGGCCAUAAACUGUAUGUCCAGAGCAGAUCAACAGAAUGAACAAAAAUCAGAUGGUGAUCACAAAUCGGUAACCAGCUCAUUCAGUCAAAGGACAGAAGAAAAGAGCGGCUGUGUAAGAAUGACAAAAAAGAUUCUGCGAGAAAUCUGUAAACAGCAGAAAUUAUACUUGACCCCAUACUUAAAUGAUACACUUUACUUACAUUAUAAAGGAUUUGACCGCCUGGAAAAUCUUGAAGAGUAUACUGGAUUGAAGUGUUUAUGGCUGGAAUGCAAUGGCUUAACGAAAAUUGAGAAUUUGGAGGCUCUGACAGAGUUGCGUUGCCUCUACUUGCAACUCAAUUUGAUUAGCAAAAUUGAAAACCUUGAACCCUUACAAAAGCUGGAUUCCCUCAAUAUCAGUAACAACUACGUUAAGACCAUUGAGAAUCUCUCUUGUCUGAAAGUCCUGCAGACUCUACAGAUCGCUCACAAUAAGUUACAAGUGGUGGAAGACAUACAGCACUUGCAAGAGUGUCUGAGUAUUUCUGUCCUCGAUCUUUCCCACAACAAUCUAAGUGAUCCAAAUGUUAUAACUAUUCUGGAGACCAUGCCUAAUUUGCGUGUGCUGAAUUUGAUGGGAAACCAAGUGGUAAAGAAAAUUGCUAAUUAUAGAAAAACACUUAUUGUUCGACUAAAACAACUGACAUACCUGGAUGACAGACCAGUUUUCCCAAAGGACAGAGCCUGUGCAGAAGCCUGGGCUGUUGGAGGGCUUGAAGCUGAGAAAGCAGAAAGGGAAAAAUGGGAAACCAGAGAGAGAAAAAAAAUCCAAGAUAGUAUCGAUGCUUUAGCAGCAAUCAGGCAAAAAGCAGAGGAAAAGAAAAGACAAAAGUCUGUGAAAGAAAGAGAUGAAAGUGCAAAACGUGGAAAUGGAGGUGCAACAGACAUCCUAGAAGCACCAACAAAUUCAUAUGACAGUGAUGGAAAUUCUAAUGCAUCAGAGACUUCAAAUAUAGCAGAAAAGGAAGAAACUCAAGAGAAGAAUGAGAAACUUAGAAAUGAAAAUUAUGAUGCUCGUGAUGAAGUGACAACACUUCUACCAAAUAGGGAAGAUGACACAGAUUUCCCAUCUGGAAAUAUUCCUGCUAGGAUUCAAGAGGAUGCACAAGAAUCAGACUCUUACAAAUACUCAAACUUCAACAAGAUGACAGACGAUCUAGCAAGAGACAAGGCAGUUACUGAAAAGGCCAUGCUUCCGGAACUGGAUGAAUAUGCUGAAAUUGAACAGAUCAAAAUGGAGACACCGGAGAAACUUUAUCUUGAUGAACUGCCCGAUUUAGAAGAUAUAGAUGUAAGUGAAUUUCCCCCAGAAGAGGAAAUCUUUGCUCAAAAGGAAUGUCACCCAAAGAUUGAAAUAAUUUCUGAAAUGGCAAAUGACAGCGAUUCUGCAUUAGAGGAAAACAAUAAAAGCAUGUUUGAGAAUUCAGUAGGAGAAGAAAUUUCAACAGCAAUUUUUUCAAAUGCGCGUAAGAUACAUAAAGAGCAUGAAAAGGAGCACUUAAGGCCCCUUGUUGAAAGCUUCGUCACAGAGCCUGCUAAUCCACACAGAUACCUGGAGAUCGUACAUAGACAAGCAACCCCCUCAAAACCCUUGAUACAAGAGGUAGUCACUGAACCCGAGGGUAAUCUGCUGUUGUCACCCGUCUGCGAUCGACCAGGUGGCUCAAGCCCAUGGGAAGGGGACGGGAAAGGCAGUGAUGGGGAAAUGGUGUGCCUGGCCGAGGGCGAAGGACGGCCUCACGAAGCACAAGGUGAGAAGGACCCUGAGAGCGAAUUAGAUUAAAAAAAAUACAGACCAAAUCCGGAGCACAGUGCCUGGCUGAUUGCAUGCGGUUAUGCUCAAAAUGCAGAGUUCAGCACCGGGACCCUUAGUUAAAGCUGACGUAACACUUACUGAGGUAUAAAAACCCACCACCUUCAGGCGGGGGGAGGCUGCUGUGGCCUCCAGCAUCCCCCCCUGAGGGCAGAGCCUGUGGCUGCGUCAGCGUGAGAAAAGCCCGCAGCCCUCUAUGACCCGCAGGGAGCCAGCGCCCGUGGCCCCACUGCCAAACCUGCUGGGGGUCCCUCGGCUCCAAGCUCUUCGGGGCAGCUGGCAGCGUUCGCUGCCUUUGAAAGCGAGGGCACUACUGUUUUAACGUUAAAUUCCACUCUCUCAUGUCAUUUUUCCCCUUGCAUCCUUCUAGAAAUUACUCAGUUAAAUGUUUAUAUCUUUGGGUUUCAUUACAUACAUAAUGAAAUGUAGUUUCAGUCCAUAAUGCAACAUGUUUCUGUCAUUUGGGCUAAAUAAAGAUUCUACCUGUAGCCAAAUAUA